CGUCAGGCAGGCGUUAAACGACGCUUAUUUAGCAAAAUUAGUUAAGCGCGCAAAAACACAUUUCCAUUACAAGCAAAGCUUCAAUAUUCAUAAAUGCAACUAAACAGCCGGAAAUAAUCCACACAACGAAACGCGCCAUAGCGGAAAAUUGUAAAAACACAAAAAAGAACACAGAAAACAGAAUAGUUUAAAGUGGAAUAACAUUACAAAAAAUACAAAGUGAAUAAACAGCAACGACAUAGAAAAAAGAAAACUAAAUAAAAGCCAAUUAAGUCACACAAUCAAAUCAGCAGCGCAGACAUUUCGCAUUAAACUAAUCAAGAACGUGCGCGCUCACCUCCUCCACCACCUCAUUUGACUUGCCGGAUUUCCCACACAUCCAUUCUCCCUCACUCUCAAGCUCUCUCCCCAAUCAACGCACUCCACACCGCAUACACGCGCGCUUCGCAAAAAUGUGCACAACGUCAAGUUCGCGUCUGCUGCUGCGACUCAUAAUCGACGUCGUGAUUUUAAUUGCGCUCUGCUGCUUUGCUCUAAUUGCGCUCCCUAAAAUAUUACCGACCACACGGCGCGGCUUCUUCUGCAGCGAUGUAUCGCUACACUACCCCUACACCGCUUCGCUGCUGAGCCGCGUACACAUCACAAUUGCAGUGAUCGCUUUGCCUGCCGCCGUCAUGCUAGUGGUGGAGAUGUUGUGGGCAGCGGUGCGCGCCACGCGCAAAUCUACAAGUCCAACUGCCACCACUGCUGGUAAGUGUAGUGGCGUGCAGCGAUUCGCUUUUAUUGGCAUCAACAUACCGACCUUCGUCAGCGAGUGUUACAAAAUUGUGGGCGUCUACUUCUUCGGCUUGGCGCUCGUAUUGAUAGCGCAAAGCGCUACUAAACAUUUUGUUGGUCGCUUGCGCCCUCACUUCUUCGACGUGUGCCAGCCACAGCUACUGGAAACGCUUGGCGGUGGUUUGGCUUGUGAUCGCUCGGCGUCAGCUGCCCAAAAUGUCACCACCGGCUAUAUUGAGGACUAUGAGUGCUAUGAGUUGGCCGCCUCUGCAGAGUUGCUCAGCAUGGCUCGUCAAUCCUUUCCCAGUGGGUUUACCGCUACCGUCUGCUAUGCUAUGUGCUUUGUUAUCUUCUAUCUGCAGGCGCGUCUCACUGCUGGCGCAUUUUUGAUGCUGAAGACUUUGCUGCAAUUUGGUUGUCUUGCCUUGGCUACGCUGGUAGCGAUUGAACGUUUCUAUACGCACUACAAUCAUUGGACGGACAUCAUGGCGGGCGCGUUUUUGGGAUUUUCAGUUGCUGCGUUUGCGACGAUUUGUGUAGCUGGUCUGUUCAAAAGGAUACCCAUAAAAAGUAGGAAGCCGCGUGAGGACUUUACGCGCAUAUAUGGCUACUGUGGUGCCAAUCGAGUGGCGAAAUAUUAUUGAUGGA